CGACAUCCUAAAACGCAACUGUUUGUUUUGGUACAAAUUUUAACCCAUUGAUCAAGUUUUCCAGUAUCUAUCUGGGUCACUGUGACAAAUGAACUUUGUCCCCUACAUUACAUAACUUAUUUCAUAUUUAUUUUUCAUCUCAAGCAAAUCUUACACUGAAAGAAGAUGAUUGAAUCCAUUUUUUACUUGCUAUUUGUAUACAUCUACCUUGUCAGUGGACUUUUUGUCAACUUUCUACAACUAUGUUCCAUGGUUAUAUGGCCAUUCAAUAAAAGUCUUUACAGAAAAGUCAACUGGUGCUUAGUUAGAUCUUAUUGGAGCCAAUUUACUUUUGUGGCAGAAUGGUGGUCUGGCUGUGAUUGCAUACUGUAUAUGCAUCCUGAUGAGAGAGAACGCAUAGCUACAGAACAUAUCGUUGUUACAAUGAACCAUACAUAUGAAAUUGAUUGGUUGAUGGCAUGGAUUAUAGCUGAAAGAUACGAUUUAAUUGGUGGAACAAAGAUAUAUGGCAAGGAAUCCCUACGAUUCGUACCUACUAUGGGUUGGUCCUGGAUUUUUGUGGAGAGUAUAUUCUUAAAGAGAGACUGGAACAAAGAUAAAAAACGUAUCCAUGAUGGUGUCAAGGAACUGGUUGCCUUCCCUGAUGGAUACUGGUUUACGUUGCUCCUUUUUCCUGAAGGAACCAGAUACACACCUGAGAAACAUGAAGCCAGUUGUGAAGUGGCCAGACAGAAAGGCUAUCCUGAACUCAAACAUCAUCUCUUACCUAGAACUAAAGGCUUUGCCUAUUCUAUGCAAGAAAUGAAAGGGAAAGUAAAUGCUGUGUAUGACUGUACUAUAGAAUUUAAAGGUGAUGUUGAGCCAUCAUUGAUGAAUGUAUUAAGAGGGAAGAAAAUUAUUGGACAUAUGAGAAUAAGGCGACAUGAGAUAAAUAACCUGCCAGAUUCAGAAGAAGAUUUAGGAGUAUGGUUACGUGAUUUAUUUAAAGAAAAGGAUGAGUUAGUAGAUGAAUUUAAGAAGACAGGACAAUUUGAUCUUCCGGCUUAUCAUGUUCCUAGGAAAUACAAUAAUUUAUUGAUAUGGCUGGCAUGGGCUAUAGUAACAUGUUUGCCAUUGUUUUAUUUCCUUGGACAAAUAUUUGUAUCGGGAACUUUCCUACAACAAGUUUUCAUAAUUGGUUUCUUUUUGUUCAUGUCUGUAGCAGCCAAAUGGUUAAUAGGAUGGACAGAAACAAAGAAAGGAUCAAAAUAUGGAAUGAAAGAAAAGAAAAAGAACAAAUAACAAGCCUUUUACUGUGAUAUUUUUUAAGAGUGUUACCUCAUAUUGUGUCAAAGUUUUUUAUGAGUCUUUCUGUUGAUUCUUUGGAUAUUUUCAUUUGAUAUGGAAGGAUUUUCCCUGGAUUUAGGGAAAAGUUUUUCUAAAUGGUUGAUUUUGAUGAAUUAUACUUGUAUACUCCUACUUAAUCUGUAUUAGGUUCAACGCUUGUCAUGGCAUACCCAUUUAAAUUCCAUCAGGAAUGGCAAGUCAGGGGCGGAUCCUGCCAUUUUAAAAAGGGGGGUUCCAAUUAUAUGCUCCCAUUCAAAUGUAUUGAUCGUCCAAAAAAUGGGGGUUCCAACACCCGGAACCCCCUACCUCCUGGAUCUGCCAAUGCAAGUCCAUGAAUGAAAGACAACUUUACAUACAUAUAAAAGGGUUGAUUAUGAAUGUGUAGAGAUAUUAUUUGUAUUCAGAUGAUAUAUUUUGAUACAUUUUUCUGAACUGACCUUCAACAGAAACGAUGAACUUCAGUUAUGGUUAGAGAAGGUUGGACAUUCCAAAAUUAAGAGAAACAAAAAUGCAUGUCAUGACUUUUUGAAAACUAAAUAUUUCAUUGAAACCCAUGUCAGAUACUAAACUGAAAUUAUACAAUAUUGACCUGAACACUCUGACCAUUUUUAGUUCAAAUAUUUUGGAAAGGUUAACAAUUCAAGUUGCAUUUAUACUUAAUUUUAAAUACAAGAUCAAUACAUCUUUGUCUAUUGUCAUUUGUUAAUGUUUAUAUUUUUUUAUGCCAUUUUGAGGACUUUUUAUUUUCUAGUUAGAUGAAUUUUACUAUCUUUUAGUAACCAAACAUAAUAUCAUUUCUGUUAGGAUUUUGAAUCAGUAUCAAAAGCAUAAUUUGUUAAAUUAUUUGAUGAUUAUUACUUGAUUUAUUGUUCUAGUUAUAGCUUAAAACCAAAAAAAAUAAUACAAAGAUGCUUCAUUUUAAACAAAGAACUUCAGGAUUUUUUUCUUUCAACAUGUAUUUGCAAGCUAUAGGCUAUUUUUGAAUAAUUUAAUUUUGGAUGUAACAAGUCUUCUGAUUGGCUGACGUUAUUUUGUUAUGAGCCCAUAGACAUAUAAUUUAGUCAUGUGACCGUGACGUCAUCAACGUUUUUUUAUGGUUUUCAACAGUUGAAAAUGGAAUUUAGAAUUAAAUUAGGAGAAAUGACUAAUAUUUUUUCUGUCUAUUCGAAAUAACAUAAAAAAUGUGGUGUACACUGUUAAAUAACACGCUAUGCGCGUUAUUCAGUGUGCACCAAAUUUUUUUAUGUUAUUUCUUCAUAGACAGAAAAAAUAUAACAGUCAUUCCUUAAUUAUUAGAAAAUUACUUUUUUUUAUGGAGACCAUUUGUUGACCAAUAAUUUUGUUGCUCUUUUAGUUAUUGUUAGGUAGUGAUAAUCUUCUGUUCUUGUAAUUAACUUAUAGUGCUAUAGAUAGUAAUAAAAAAAAAUGCGCUAGAAGUAUCUAACCUACUUAAGGUAUAAACCAUUAUGUUAUCACUUUCAUAUAUUUGAUUUUACAUAUUUGAUAGCAAGUUGUGUAUUUGCUAAUGAAUUGUGUGUUUUUCACAUUGAUGCCUUGAAUGAUUUUGUUGAUUUAUGAAGUUAUAAUUGAUAUGUGCUUUUUUUUUUAUUGCAAUGAAUAAAAAACCGAAAUGUUGUUUAUAAAAUGAGUGUUGUGGUAGCAUGAUUGUCUUGAGUGAGGAAGGUCAUGGAUUCA